AUGACGUCUCACAAGAAGCAGGUUAAGCGGAAAGAAAUGGCCUGGUCAGAAUCAAGUUGGUUUCUUUCCAUGUUUUUGUACCCAGAAAAGACAGGAUACCCCUCUGAGCUCCACAUCGGCUGCCUCAGAGACUGCUGCAAGCCCACAGGACCCAGCAAAAAAGAGUCAGAGGCAAAGGCAGCGCAUGGAAGGGAAGCCAGAUGUCACAUGCAACAUACUCAAGCUGCUCAGGAUGGGAGCCCUCUGGCCUCCAGUUCCGUCCCUCCAGAGGCUGUCUCUGAGCAGAGAACCAGGAGAAUGAGAGGCCAGAAGAGGAAGAGACUGAUGGAUGUCAAGGGAGCCGCCCAGGAGAGCAGCCCCCUGGCCUCCAAUCCCACCUCCUCGGAAGCUGUCUCCGAGCUGAAGUCCUGGAAGAAGCGUGGGCAGAGGAGGAACAUGUGGACCGUCAAUCAUGUUGAGGGAACGAAACUCAGGAUGAACAAGAGAAGAUCCAGUUAUCGUCCAGAAGACCAGGAGGCCUUCUACCGGCUGCUGGAGGACCCUGUCAUCCAGAGCUUCUUGGAAGCUGAUAUUUUCCUGAAAGUGUCUGACAAGUACCUGCUCUCCAUGGUGGUGGAGUACUUCGGCCGUGUCGGGCUGCCUGGUCACCUCUACAACAGGAUCCACUUCUUCCUGGCCCUCUACAUCGCCUCCGACAUGGAGGAGGACAACCCCACGUCCAAGCGGAGCAUCUUCCAGUUCCUGCUGGGCAGGGAGCACUGGCCAGACCUCUACAAGGAGUUCCUCAAGUUGAAGGUGGAAUUCUUCCAUGCGAUGGGGCACCGAGCCUGGGUCACCCCGGAUUUGUGUGAGGAGAUCCAGGCCCAGAACCCACAUCACUGGGUCUGGAGUCGAGCGCGCCAGUGCGCCCCCUAG